UAGCAACUCGCCGCGCGCGCACCUCACGCGCUAAGUGCAUUGGCUCCCGCCUGCAAUUACAAAUUAUAAAAAAAACAAGUGAUCAUGUGACAAGUGACAAAUAAACAAAAUAGUGCAGUGUUACCACGAGAUAUUUCCAGUGCGGAGAUUGUAAGAAUUUUUCUCGUUAUUUGACAUACAUAUGACGUGAAUAACGGUGCGGGGUCCGACAGUCGAUCGAAUCGCUAAAAUCGAAUAAGUGUUAGUGUUUUAAAGCAGUGUACCGGAUUUUUAACGGACUUGCCCAAGCUCAGGUUAGAAAAGUUUGAGGAGCUUCGCUAAUAUUUUAGAGCGAUGUCUCGGUGGAAGGGUAAGCUGAGGUAGCCGGCAGAUGGCAGCAGUCAGCGCGGCGAUGUACCGGCCAGGGGCUCUCGACCCCUCCUGCUAUGCCACACAGAGGAUAUAUGAAACUCCCGAGAGCACGAGGUCGAAGAAAUGGUCAUCGAAGCUGAAGUUAAACACUUCCGGAAGUGUCAAGUCUUCGGAAAAGUCUCCAGAAAGUCCAUACAUGUAUGGAACAAUCAGCGGCCCUGGAGGUUCAGCACUAUCCAAAUCAAUGAAGUACGCGGAGACCUGGCUUUAUGGGUCAGUUAGGACCCAGACUCCGCCGAUGCGGCAAAGCGUCUUCUCAGCAUAUUCUGAAGUAGCUGGCCCAGUUCUAAUAAGUACGCCUCAAAAACCAACUCCCCACAAUUAUGCUGUCAUACUAUGUUCCUGUCCUGAGUACCUAAACGGUACGAAGAAAACCAGCUCAACCAAAGUCAGUAUAUGUAAGAAAUGUAAGGGAUCUCGUUUGCCGCUAACGAUAGCUGACAGUCCGCGGUUGUUGGUUGGAGGGACUGUUAGAGGUCCUCAAGUAAGCCGGGAAGCUGGAAUGCUAAGAGGUGGGACCGUAAGAGUCCAAGGUCCAAAAUCCAGACCAACAAUCCUCAAAAACAAUGAAGAGUCCGAUCCUUACGACUUAAUGCGAAGAAGUAGAUUGGCCCCUCCACACGAAGCACGUAUUGGAAGUCAGUUUUCUGUUUCACGGUCAAGGGCUAAAAGUAUUAGUCCUUGUAGAGGUAAACCUAGAAAACCAAGCAGUCCUGAAACACUUCGCAAAAGCAGAAGCAAAUCAGUAAGUCGUGUCAGCGAAGUAUGGAUUGAUGAAGAAGCCGCUACGCCAGAACCCAAGAAGUCAAUAUUAUCUUGCGAUAUAAAUCCAUAUGACCUCGUUAAAUCGGGUGGCAGUUCCAAAUCACUUCUGGAAAUAGAAUUUGAUGAUAACUUUGGUGAUGUAUUUCAAGAAUCUUUGAAAAAUGGUAGUUUCAAACCUCUGAGUAAAUCUAAGUCUGAUUCAAAUGUGAAAGCUAUUAGUGGUCAACGAAUAAGAAUAUCUGAUCAACAUAAAUUAAAUGCGGUUGAUGAUAUAGUAUACGAUCCAAUAAAUUAUGAUCUCAAAAAUUCAGGAGCAUCCGCAUCGCUUUCACUACCAAAUAUCAAAAAUGAAAGUAAGAAGUCAGUAUCAAUGAGCAAGACUACUAAUAAGAAAAUCGUAAAUAUACCCACCCCUAACCGCACAAAACAAAAAAGCAUUUCUCCUAAACGACCACCCAGAAGAAACAGAAAUUUUAAGACUGAUGACGACAGUGAAAGCGACAAUCAACGCUUGCCAGAUCGAAGUUUUAGCAGAAAAAAUAUAACUGAUACUUUGAGAAAUCCAAAAUAUAAAAAUCAAAAUACAGAUACAAUUAAAUCAAUUUUGAAAAAACCCCGAAAUCACGAAUUUCAUGAGCCAACUAAAACUGAAACUUCAGAUGACUCAUUCACUGGAAAACGUGCAAAUUCUUCUCAAUUUUAUCUUCCCAAACCACAAGAUAAAGGACAACUAAACUCUCAAAAUAUCUUACAAAGAAAACGUGUGCAAUUUUUAGUAGAGAAAGAAGAGGCGAGGGUGAUAUGUACAGCAGAGUUUAAUUUGGAACAAAGUACUGUUACGGAAAUACAAGAGGAGUCCAGUGUCGACACCGAAGAAGACAUAAAAGCAGAAGGAGACGUUGUUAGCCAUAGUUUAGAAUACCAGAGAAACGGAGAUGUUAACAGUGAAGUAAACAAAAUAGAAAUGUUGGAAAUAACAAAUCAAGAAGUUGUUAUUAAUCGCAUUGUUUAUGAGGACGUCGAAAUUAACAACAGAUUGGAAACAGUAGUUAAUGAAAAUACCCAUGUGUCUUCUGAAACUAAUAACAAUGAACUCGUCAAUAAUGAUACUUCAAAGAAUGAAGAUAAUAAUAUUCCGAAGAUACCAAUUCUGCGAAGGUCAGAAUCAGAACGAUUGCCAACAACACUUACGAUCUCACCUCCAAAGUUCUUAGAUUCUAUGGCACUGCGGUCUAAACCAAAGCAUGGGCAUACCAGCCAGAUAUUUGUUCCAUCAAUCAGUGAAGGUGAUGUACCUAAUGAUCAUAAUGAACUUCCAGCAACCCAGGAAGUAACAACGUCUCUAACUUAUGACCAAGAUAUUGAAAAUGGUAACCUUAGUGAUAGUAGUGACAUUACAAAACAAGUUCUAACUCAUUUACGUCGCGGACUUUCAGAAUCACCUGAACCUCCACCUCGACUGAAGGUUAAGGAACGAUUAAGAUCAAAAAAGCAUAAUUAUGUUAAAACACGUUUCGUUCGAAAUAACUCAACAAGUUCCACUAGCGAUGAAUGGUCAGAUGCUAAUGAUUACGAGCAGAAGACAGUUUUACGAGUUAAGCAAUUUGAUGAAGCUGAACAAAAGACAGGAUCCAGUGCCAUGGAGUUUGUAGAAACUGAGUCGAGAAAAACUUCUAUCCAAAUAAAUGGAAAUGAAUGUUAUUCCACUAUGAAUGUUAAUAACGAUACGCCUAUCUAUUUAUCUUCUGUGGUGGUCACUGAUGAUUAUGGUAAUUCCUGCAAUACUUAUCAAACUGGUACUACUAUCACUAUAAGUGUUGGUACUCCUGAGAAAGAAACUAGAAAAUCUAAAAGCCAAAUAUACAUUGGCGCUGUGCUUUCGGAUGAAAAAGACCGCAGCUUAGAAGCUAACACUUAUGAGGAAUACUAUGCAGAUAACUCUAAAAAUAAAUUAAAUGAUUCAGCACUCAAUAACCAUAACUCUAUCGAUAUAUCGUCAAUAUUAGGAGAUCCUGUUGAAGCUGUGAAAAGGAAUCUUAUUCCACAUGUUUGUGGAAGAAAAGAUGAUACAUCGCAAAGAAAUAACAAUUCAGAUAAGCCGACAAUUGCUGACAAGCAGGUGGAGAAUGGAGAUUUCGUAUCAAAGCUUUUUGAUGAUCCAUUUUUUGGACAUUUAGCAGAAGGGUUAGAUUCAGACCUCGUGAAGAAGUUGAUCAAAAACUCCUUGAUAAAACUGCAAGAAACCAAAAAUCAAGAGGGAACAGAUGGCACUACAAUGACAAUAGAAAAGUUAAUAGAGAGCUCGCUUAAAAAUUUAAAAGGAGAAAUGAACAGAAAUGAGAAUUACAAAGAGGAAAAACCAAAGACCCCAGAAAAUGCCAAGGUUGACGAGACGAAGAAAGAAGUUGUCAAUACUUCCGUCAGUCCUGAUAACGAUGACCAAGGCUGCUCUGCUCCCUAUGAAAGUAUGGAGUAUGAGAGCGGUGCUAUGGGUAUUUUCUCAGAUCUUGAACCAAUGUCAGAUUGUUACAAUGCAUCAGCGAGUGAAAUGUCAACAGAAGACGAUACAAAUUCAACUAGGUCAAAAUUUUAUCAAAUGUUAGUAGAUGCUGCCUUAUGUGACAUCGAAAUCGCAAAUAACACUGAUGAUGACCAUCAUUAUGAAUCAAUUCGUCUGAACAGUGAUCCAAUUUAUGAAGAAAUAGGAGACAUGCCGCCACCUUUACCAGUCAACCCACCCCCAAAUUCUUUAUUGCUAUUAGAUGAUGAGAAACGAAGUGGUUCGCGUUCAAUAUUUGAAGGAGCGUCUAAAUACGAUAUUUUGUCUUAUUUAGUUGAUGCUAAAGAACGAGGCAUUGAUGACGAGGAAGCUUAUAUUACUAGUUACGUGACGGAAAAUGGUACUACAUUGAUUGAAAACUCAAAAGAUAAAUUGAUUGCCAGAGAAAUAAUUGAUACUCAUCUAAGUAGUAAUACUAGUCAAUUGUCACAUGCAUCUGAUUCAAGUGAAGACAACUCUUUGAUAAUAAAUCAUGAUAGCUUAGACAAAUCAUUGGUGUGCAAAAAGACUUCAGCUGAAAUUGAACGCAAUGAUUCCGGUGUUGGGUCAGAGACGAGUAAAUCGUCAAGAAGUCGACUGCAAGGGAAAACUUCUCCGUGUAAUACAAUCACCGAUAAAGAUGCUCCUAUACACCUUUGUGAAGAUUGUGAUACUACAGUCGAGACCCAAGUCACUGAAAAAGGUUCAAUUUACGCUCCGUUACUAUGUCGAAAAUGUUCCAAGAAGAGAGCUGAGAGAAAAGAAAUCAUUACAGAAAUAGUAGAAACUGAAGAGAAGUAUGGCAGAGACUUGCAGAUUAUUCUUGAGGAAUUCUAUAAGCCAAUGUUGGUUGCGGGACUCCUGACACAGGAACAAUUGAGUGCAAUCUUUUUGAAUGUAGAAGAGCUCAUAGAGAACAAUCAAGUAUUGUCAGAAAAAUUACGAGACGCCCUUGAAAUUGCAGUUGAUCAAGGAGACGAGGAUUUGCUAACAGUAAAUGUGGGUAAAAUUCUUUUGGAAUGUUCGAGUAUGUUGGCGGCGUUCCAAUCCUACUGUGUAAAACAAGCGGGUGCAGCGUUACUUCUAGCUGGUCUGGAGAAGGAGAAGGAACUUCUGAGGAUAUUCUUGCGCGUCUCACAGAUGGAAAACGCGGUCCUGAGGCGGAUGAAUCUCAACUCAUUCCUCAUGGUACCAGUCCAACGCGUGACAAAAUAUCCCCUCCUUCUCUCGCGGCUUUAUCGAUCGACAGCGGCUUGUGCGACUGAACGAGAAGAUGUGAAAGCGGCCCAGCGCUGUGUCGAAUCCAGACUUGAAGAAAUCAACGCUGCAGCAGCGGCGGCAGCAGCUGCGGCUAGAGACGUACCGUUAUGGAAGCGGCUAGCAGCUGCCCGAAAGACAGCGCACGAUCUUCAUGUUGCUGACAUUCGGUUAAGGAAGAUGGCCGUUGAUGUGUUGGAUUGGAACCAUGAUGACGCAAGGUUUGCAAUGGAAGGCAAGCUGCUGUUCACCCAGCCGAACGAUAAUAACUGGCGGAAAGGCCGCACUAUCAAGCUGACUCCGAUCAAUGCUCUAUUGGUUACUAAUGGAAAGCCAACAAUUACCCAUAAGAUCAACGAAAUGCGAGAGACAAGAGAGGCAAGAGAUCGUGAAGCACGCGAAAGAGAAGGCGAAGCACUUUUCGCACGAAGUGGAGUAAGAGAGGCAGCUCUGCUUUUGGUGAGAGAGAAAGCUGGGAGAUAUACAUUGCAACGAGAGCCACUGUUCCUUGAUCGAUGCGUGGUAGCCGCUGACCACGAGCCCGAACAUUUUUUCGAAGUUCACGAGAUUACUACUAAAGAUUCUUAUAUUUUCAAGGCGGAAGAAAACUCGCGCACACGCACCUGGUACAGGCAACUGCAGUACCACGCCCAGGGUGCGGGCGCAUGGCGCAAGCGGCGGAACGCCCUUGCCAACAUUAUGAUCAACCCAAUGCUUACCAGAAACUGAACUAUUGCCAUUUCGAAUAGAAGAACACUCUGUAAAAAUUUCAACACGUAAUCCUGAAGGGAUCAGUUUUAACUAAUUCUGUAAAUCCUAAAAAAAUAUAGACAAUCGUAUGUGUAAUUUAGUAAAAACAAGCAGAGAUCGCGCGAACAUUACUGAUUUUUUUAAAACUCUAUAAAUCUAAAAAGGAUACCAUUUAAGCACAGAAAUCGUAAACAGUUUUACUUUUCUCAUAAUUCUGGUAACGCACCGCACAAACAUUGUUGUCCUUUAUGAACUUCUAACUUAUUUACGACGAACUCGCACCUGAUUACCAUUUAAUAAAUGAAUAAAAUGUGCCCUAAAGUUUACGUGUAAUUAAGACUAGCUAACAUAAUUAUUUAGUAAUUUAGCGAAAUAGCAAUUAGUAAUUUACAUCGAAUAUAACAAAAAUUUAGUUUUCCAAACUAACUUUGAUGCUUUCCAAAUAAUUUGUAAUGUUUUUAAGGUCUAAAUAGUGAUCGUUCAAAUGUUAUGAUAUCGUAAUUACGUCAUCAAUACGUAUGAACAGGUUACUGAAAAAUAAAGAAAAAAGCAUUUUUAAGUUUCAAAUAUACAGUAUUCCGUUUUACAAAUUAGGCAUCCGUGAUG